UUUAGUGAUGGAUAAACUCUUUGUUAAGUUUGUCGUCUCAGCGGCGCUCUUUCUGUUUGGAAUUGUGUCUAUUCUGCUCCUUACAGUAUCUAUACAUGAAAUGAGAGAGCCACCGCAGUACAUGUAUGGGGUUGUGCUGGAUGCUGGCUCCUCACACACCGCCUUGUAUAUCUACAAAUGGCCAGCGGACAAGUUAAAUGGCACAGGCGUGGUCACCCAGCAUAGCGAGUGUAAUGUCAAAGGAGGAGGAAUCUCUAGUUAUGCUGGGCAGCAGGGUGCAGCGGGCUGCAGCCUCGAGGCGUGUUUGAAGCAGGCCGUGCGGGACAUUCCCCCAGACAGACAUCACCGCACCCCUGUGUAUUUAGGAGCUACCGCUGGCAUGAGACUUCUGAAAAUUACCAAUCCUGACAAAGCAUCUCAGAUUCUUCAAGAAGUCGAACAAAAAAUCAAAUCCUUUCCUUUCAGUUUUCGAGGAGCAGUAAUUUUGAGUGGUCAGGAAGAGGGGCUUUACGGUUGGGUCACUGUCAACUACCUCCUUGAAAACUUUAUAAAGUAUGGCUAUGUGGGUCGCUGGCUUAACUCUGGGAGAAAAACAGUCGGAGCGCUGGAUUUAGGUGGGGCGUCUACACAAAUCACCUUUGAGACCCCAGAGAUAGUUGAGAACAAGUUGAAUCGUAUGGCCUUGCGUCUCUACGGGCAGGAUUAUUCCCUCUACACGCAUAGUUACCUGUGCUAUGGUAAAGAAGAGGCUCUGCGCCAGAUCCUCGCCUACCUGAUUGAAUCACAGGGAAAUACUAGCAAAGUGUACCAUCCCUGCUACCCAUCUGACUUCGCGGAAGACUUCAAGCUGGAGAAAGUGUUUGGCUCACCUUGUACAGCGUCUAAGAGACCCAAACCCUACAACGCUCAUUCCUGGAUCAGGGUGCAAGGCACUGGAGACUACCAAAGCUGCCUUGGCAACACUUCUAAUAUAUUUUCCUUCCAGUUCUGCGCCUUUUCACAGUGUUCCUUUAAUGGGGUUUUCCAGCCCAACAUCAGUGGGGGCUUCAUGGCCUUCUCUGCCUAUUUCUUCACUCACAGUUAUCUACAGAAAAGCACAGGGAUGAAGAUCACCACCUCUGCCCAGCUAAAGGAGGCUACCAAAGCUGUGUGUAAUAUGACCAUAGAAGAGAUGACCAAGAAAGCUUCUGACUUGAAGAAAUACCUAAAGGAGUAUUGUGCAGUCGCAGUGUAUAUACAAGUGCUAAUGCUUAGGGGUUAUAACUUUGAUGAGCACUCUUUCCAAAAUGUUGCUUUUCAGAAAACGGCAGGUGAGGCAGCUGUUGGCUGGGCUCUGGGUUAUAUUCUCAGUGUGAGCAGUCUUCUUCCAGAGGAACCUGCGGGCUUCAGGAAGGGCUUGUGUCCUGCAGCAUGGAUUGGGUUGUUGAUUCUCCUAAGUGUCCUCCUCACUGCCACCUUUUGUUACAUGGCUCUCCUAGUGAUUCGGAGGAAAAGGAGUAAUCAAGGCGUCUCAUAGCUCACUGCUAUACCUACAGUUAUUUUAUGUCUCUUUUUAAAAGACUAUCCACAAAAAUGAAAUGUUUACAUGAUUGAUGCAUUCAAAAUAUACUGUCUGUGCUAAUAUUGUGUGUAAUUUAACAAAAAAUAACAUAAUAAAUAAUAAAUUUGUUUGUUUUGUCAUUGACAAAUGUUUACUGAAAAGACAUUAAACCAUAUAAAAGUUAGGAAAUUAAAAUAAUGAAACAAAAUAAUAACACUAAAUAAUGUUAUCCCAUAAUGUUAUACUAUGGGAUAUCUGAUACAAGUACUGUACUGUGAUACCAUUUGAGACUGUUACUGUUUUAACAGAUUUCAUUGUUGUUCAUUUUUGUGUGAUAUCCUAAUCAACUGUACUUAAGCACUGUCUUUU